CUCCCAUGUUUUUAUUGAGCAAGGUCAAGGCUGCAUUAUACAAAGAUGGCUACUUCAUCGGGAGGUUCGAUUGAAAUCCCUCUCAGAGACACAGAUGAAGUUAUUGAGCUAGAUUUUGAUCAAUUGCCUGAAGGUGAGGAGGUGCUCAGCAUCCUGCGGCAAGAGGCUGCACCACUCCACAUAUGGGUCACCUUGGCUUUGGAGUAUUGGAAGCAGGGUAACCCUGAUGACUUUGUCAAGAUCCUUGAAGGCUCUCGCACAGAUGCCAGUCUGGACUAUGCUAACUUUGAGAAGGACCAGAUGCGUUCACUGGACACCUUGGCUGCCUACUAUGUGCAGCAGGCGCACAAGGAGAAAAACAAAGAUAGGAAGAAAGAUCUCUUUAUGAAGGCCACACUACUAUACACGACAGCUGACAGGAUCAUUAUGUAUGACCAGAACCAUCUGCUGGGCCGCGCCUACUUCUGUCUGCUGGAGGGAGAUAAGAUGGACCAGGCCGAUGCCCAGUUCAACUUCGUACUCAACCAGUCCAGCAACAACAUCCCCUCACUGCUGGGAAAAGCCUGUAUAGCCUUCAACAAGAAAGACUACAGGGGAGCCUUGGCCUAUUACAAGAAAGCUCUGCGCACCAACCCCACCUGCCCCGCCUCAGUCAGGCUAGGGAUGGGACAUUGUUUUGUUAAGUUGAACCGUUUGAACAAAGCCAGGAUGGCUUUUGAAAGGGCUCUUGAGCUUGACCCCAACUGUGUAGGCGCCCUUGUAGGUCUGGCCAUUUUGGAACUCAACUCCAAGACACAAGAAUCCAUCAAGAAUGGAGUCCAGCUGUUGUCGAAGGCUUACACUAUAGAUUCAUCCAACCCUAUGGUGCUCAACCACUUGGCCAACCAUUUUUUUUACAAGAAGGACUACCAGAAGGUCCAGCAUUUAGCACUUCAUGCGUUCCACAACACAGAGAACGAGGCCAUGAGAGCAGAAAGUACAUAUCAGCUGGCUCGGGCUUUUCAUGUUCAGGAGGACUACGACCAAGCCUUCCAGUACUACUACCAGUCCACCCAGUUUGCUCCUGCCAAUUUUGUCCUGCCAUUCUUUGGUCUUGGCCAGAUGUACAUAUUCAGAGGAGACAAUGACAACGCUGCCCAAUGUUUUGAGAAAGUCCUGAAGGCCCAGCCAGGUAACUAUGAAACUAUGAAGAUCCUGGGCUCACUCUAUGCCAAUCAUUCAGAUCAAGACAAGAGGGACACAGCCAGACAACACAUGAAGAAAGUCACUGAACAAUUUCCAGAUGACGUUGAAGCCUGGAUUGAACUGGCUCAGAUCAUGGAACAAACAGAUGUUCAGGGAGCCCUAUCAGCAUAUGGCACUGCCACUCGUAUCCUGAAAGAAAAAGUGGAGGCUGACAUUCCGCCAGAGAUCCUCAACAAUGUCGCAGCUCUACACUUCAGGCUAGGAAACUUUGAGGAUGCCAGGAAAUAUUACGAAGCGUCUCUAGAGCGGUCUAAAACAGAAGCCCAACAUGAUGAGACUUACUACAGCGCCAUCUCUGUCACUAGCACAUACAACCUGGCCAGGCUGUACGAGGCCUUGCAUGAGUACGAUAAGGCUGACAAGUAUUACAGGAAUAUUCUUAGAGACCAUCCCAACUACGUGGACUGUUACCUGCGGCUGGGCUGUAUGGCAAGAGACAGAGGACAGAUCUACGAGGCGUCUGAUUGGUUUAAAGAGGCUUUACAGAUAAACCAGGACCAUCCAGACGCCUGGUCACUGAUUGGCAAUCUUCAUCUGGCCAAACAAGAGUGGGGACCUGGUCAGAAAAAGUUUGAGAGAAUUCUGCAGCGCCAGGCAACCAAAGAUGAUGCCUACUCUCUGAUUGCUCUGGGGAAUGUCUGGCUUCAGACACUUCAUCAGCCCAUGAGAGACAGAGAAAAGGAAAAACGCCACCAAGAUCGUGCUCUUGCUAUGUAUAAACAAGUUUUAAGAAAUGACCCACGUAAUAUUUGGGCAGCAAAUGGCAUAGGCUGUGUACUAGCACAUAAAGGCUGCAUCAAUGAGAGCCGAGAUGUGUUUGCUCAGGUGCGGGAGGCCACAGCAGAUUUUUGUGAUGUCUGGUUAAACAUUGCUCACAUUUAUGUGGAGCAGAAGCAAUAUGUGGCGGCAGUCCAGAUGUACGAGAACUGUCUGAAGAAGUUUUUCAAGAGUCACAACAUGGAGGUGAUGAUGUACCUAGCCAGAGCUUAUUUCAAAUGUGGCAAACUUUCUGAAUGCAAACACACACUUCUCAAGGCCCGUCAUGUUGCACCAAAUGACACGGUGCUGCUGUACAACAUCGCCCUGGUCCAACAGAAACUGGCCACCAUGAUCCUGAAGGAUGAGAAAAGUAACCUGAAGAAAGUGUUGAUAGCAGUCAGAGACCUAGAGCUGGCACACAGGUACUUCACCUACCUGGGCCAGCAUGGGGACAGGAUGAAAUUUGAUUUGGCUCAAGCAGCAGCUGAGGCUCAGCAAUGCUCAGAUCUGCUGAGCCAGGCCCAGUACCAUGUGGCUAGGGCCAGAAAAAUUGAUGAAGAGGAGAAGGAAAUCAGAAAGAGGCAAGAGGAAGAAAUGGAGGCAAUCAAACAGAAGCAACUCAGUGAACAGCUGGAGAAACAAAAGCAGAAGGAAGAGCUGGAGAAGAAGAUGUUGGAACAGAGAGCAGUGUUUGUGGAGAAAGCCAAGAAAAUCAACCUGGAGCCUGAGCCUGAGGACAGACCACGCAAGUCUGGGGGAAAGAGAUCCAAGCGGGCAGAGGAUGGAGAAAUUUUGUCUGAGAGUGAAGAGGAGAGGCCUAAAAAGAAAAAGAAGAAGAGGUCAUCUAGUGUAUCUGGUGAGGAAGAUGAGGAUGGAGAGAAAAGAAAAAAACGCAAAACCAAGAGAAGGUCCAAGAAGGAUGACUUUGUUAAUGACAGUGAUGAUGAAAAUGAUGAUAGAGGUGAUAGAAAGAGGCGAAGAAAAGGCAAAGGAAAAGAAGGGAAGGGUGACAAGAAAGCAAAAGAUGAUGGUCUGACUGCCAAGCAGCGCAGGAAGAUUGUAUCCAAGGCCGUUAUCUCAUCCAGCGAGGGUUCCGACUCGGAUACAAGGAAGAAGCGGUUACCCAGCAGUGAAAGUGAGGGAGAAUCAAAUGUCAAACGAAAGCGCCGCAUCCUGGGUAGUGAUAGUGAAGACGGAAGUCUGGGCGGGAAAUCUGGCUCUGAUAAACAUAGGUCAAGGUCAAGGUCAGGCUCAAGGAAAUCUAGGUCUGGCUCUAGAAGUGAAAAAUCCAAAUCAAGGUCUAGGUCAAGAUCCAAAUCUAGGUCUAGGUCAAGAUCCAAAUCAAGGUCUAGGUCAAGAUCAAAGUCUAGGUCAAGAUCCAAAUCAAGGUCAAGAUCCAAAUCAAGGUCAAGAUCCAAAUCAAGGUCAAGAUCAAAGUCUAGGUCAAGAUCCAAAUCAAGGUCCAGGUCAAAAUCACGAUCUAAGUCCAGGUCACCAGAAGCAGGAUCAGGUGGUGGACCUGCUGGGUCUGAGAGUGACUGAGGUGACACUGCCCACAUUUCAGUGGACAUUAAAUAUGUUCUUCUUAUUCUGAAAUGGUUUUAAAUGUACUUUGUUUUACAAAA